CUGCUUCAGUAUAAUCAGAAUGAUGGGAACACACGGAGAUGUCCUUGUGCCGCUUCUGAGCUCAAGGACGCGUAGCACGGCAUGUCUUCAAGAAAGCCCACUGUUGCUUGUAUAACCGAUAGAAGCAUAUGUUGCUGCUUUGGCAUUUCUGGAAUGUUAAGAAAACAAGUCUUAAGAUGUAAACACAGAUAAUGCGUAAAUAAAAGCUACCACAGCAGGACAGACGGCGCUGUUUUGCCUGAGCGAGAGGCAGCCCUCUACUGCUGUGCUUCGGCACAGUUCAUCUCGCGUGAUGAGGUUGCUUUCGGAAACCCUGUCAUAAGAUAAACUGCAACAUUUGGCGCCCGAACAGGGACCUGAAUGGAAUAACGGGGCAGACAAGACACAGACGGUUCACCAUCACAAAGCUUACAGUCUACGAGGAGACAGUAAAAAAAUCAGACGAACAACUUCCUAUUGUGGAAUUCAAACUACAAUGGCAGCCCUUUACCCCAGCAACUCCAGGACCAGCCAUGGGCUUGGAAACCAAGACCCCAGAGAUUCACAACUGAGACUCGUCUUAGUGGGUAAGACUGGGGCAGGAAAAAGUGCAACAGGAAACAGCAUCCUCGGAAAGAAGGUGUUUCCUUCGGGCUUUUCUGCAGUAUCCAUCACCAGGUCCUGUAAGAAAGGAGACAGCACCUGGAACGGGAGGGAAGUCGUCGUUGUGGAUACGCCAGGCAUCUUUGAUACAGAGGUACAGGAUGCUGACACUUGCAAGGAGAUUGCUCGCUGCAUGGCCCUGACCUCCCCAGGGCCUCAUGCUCUCCUCCUCGUCAUCCCACUGGGCCGGUACACGCUGGAAGAGCAGAGAGCCACGGAAAAGGUCCUGGAAAUGUUUGGAGAGAGAGCUAGGAAACACAUGAUUCUCUUAUUCACCCGGAAAGAUGACUUGGAAGGCACCGAUUUCCGUGAUUAUUUAAAGGAAGCUCCAGAAGUCAUUCGAGAGCUGAUGGACAAGUUCGGAGACCGCUACUGUGUGUUCAACAACAGGGCGACGGGAGCGGAGCAGGAGGACCAGAGGCAGCAGCUGCUGGUCCUGGUUCAGCGCGUGGUCGCAGAGUGCAAAGGCAGGUGCUUCACGAACAACACGUAUCAAAAGGUCGAGGAGGAGAUUCAGAAACAAAUCCUAGUGAUACAAGAAAAUUACAGAGCAGAGCUAGCGAGACAGAAAGCGCAGAUAAGACAGGAGUACGAAGAGAAAAUCAGAAUGCUGGAGGAUGAACUAGAACAGCAAAAGCAAGAGAUGCAAAUGAGGAGGCAGUUGGCAGAAAGGGAGGCUUUCUGUGCUGCAAGGCAGCAAAAUGCCAGACACGAAGUUGAGAAUCAGAGCGAGAUACUUGAAUUCAUCUUAGGCCUGUUUAAGGUGGUUUCUUUUGUUUUCUCUCUGUUUAAGAAUUAAACAUUAAGAUCCAACUUCAUGAAAAUGUGUCUAUACUUCCUGCAUAUUUUCAGCUGGCCCUGCCCCAUGUAAGUCAGAGCAUUCUCGUUUUUCUGUCUCUCAGACUCUCAGGACUAAGGAGAGUAAAGCUCACUGCUGGGAAUUGGUAUAUGUCGAUUGAUUUAACAGGGGAGGGACAAACUCUCAAUCUGUGAAACUCCAAAGCACAAUGUAUUGAUGCUCCCUAAUUGUGAAUUCUUUCUCAGAGACACAGAGAGAAGGAAUGCAGGAGACCAAAGAAAAUGACCCCAAGCUUUCUCUGUUUAUCCCUAGUAAAUGUUUCUCCUCUAGAUUCUUUCUAGAUUGGUAGGUAAUCUCCCCCUGUGGUUUCGUCUCACUUAUUUUACCCUCAGAAUCACAGUGAUCAUCUUAACCUUAUAGUUUAUGAGAAAGAUCAAUUCUUUGCAUUAGUUAAGCUUAUAGAUGGAGAUGUUUAUAGAAUUCUUUGUAGAUGAAUGGAAAUUUGUUUACUUACAAUUUUACAGAAGGACUCAAUUGUUCCUUAUCGUCUGCCCAUUGACGAACAGAGUUGUCUGGAAGAUAGAUCUUUCAGAACUCAACUAUGUGAAAUGCGAGAAAGAGUGAAAGAGAUUCAACAGAUAAGAGAACAAUGUUUGGUAUAUUCAGAUGUAUCUGUAGAAACUCUUUGACCAACACCAACCAAUUUGCUGAAUAACCAGUUCUCUCCUUUUCUUGGGAAACUAACUGCUGUCCCACCCAGUUGAAUUGUUUGCUUAUUGUUAUUAUAAUAAAACUUUUCUGUUCUCUCA